GCUGUUUUGGCUGUCAAAGAGUAGGGUUGCCAGUUCUAACGGUUUCAAUAAAUAACAGCGAUAAGCAGCGGAUUAUAAAAUUCACAAGCGUCAUAGAGUGCUGGAGUAAUUUUUGGAAUAAUUUAUUUUCGGAACUACUUUUCAAAAUCUUAUUUUAGCGAUAUGGAGGCUAUUCCAGAUCAAAAGCACUACAAUCUCACGCACUACCAACAACGCUUUAACUGGGAUUGUGGUAUUUCCUGCAUUAUAAUGAUCCUAUCGACAGCGCAACGUGAAACACUGCUACACGACUUUAACAAAAUAUGUGCGGAGGAAGGUUUCGGUUCCAGCACUUGGACAAUCGAUUUGUGUUACCUGCUGCAACGCUUCCAAGUUCGUCACGAAUACUACACCAAAACGCUGGGUAUCGAUCCAAGCUACAGUGAACACAGUUAUUACACAAACAUUAUUGAUAAGGACGAAAAACGUGUGACCCGCAAGUUCAAGGACGCACGUCUACAUGGACUGCGUGUCGAGCAGCGUACCGUAGAAAUGGAAGAACUACUACAGCAUCUGGGGAGACGAGGUCCUGUGAUAUUAUUGACCAAUGCAUCGUUGCUCACAUGCGAAGUUUGUAAAAAGAAUGUGCUUGAGAAAUUCGGUUGUUUCCAACUCUCUUGUAUCGUUGACAAUACACGCACCCCCCAAAGUUAUGCUGGACAUUACGUUGUGCUUUGUGGGUAUGAUUUAAAAUCUCAAAUGGUUUACUAUCACAAUCCGGAAGUGCAUGAUGAACAUGUUUGUCGCUGCACGACAGACGCUAUGGAUUCGGCACGUAAAGCAUAUGGCACUGAUGAGGAUGUGAUAUUGAUCUUCCGUAAUUAGAGACAAAUAAGGAAAACAUUGAAAUUUGUUUACGUUACCUAUAGACCGUAUAUGUAGUUAUUAAAUGCUUUAGGAAGAACACCGCUUUUUGUUAAAACAGUUAUUUACACUUAUAAUCGAAAUUUCGAAGGUGAGCGAAGGUUAGAUAGCUUUUGUUAACUUAACUAAAGAAUAUGUAUACCAAAACAAUAAUUCAUGAAACCUCAUGCUCGAGUAUUAGGGGGCCUUCUCAAACCUACCCCCGCCUGCAAAUAUACAGGUAAUUCGCACUGCAUUUUCAAGGCGAAGAAAGCAUUGUGAUAAAAAUAAGUGCAAAAAGUGAGUAUUAGCUCAAAACACAAUUUGUAGGUAUGUUUUAGGUACAAAAAUAUGAGGAGAGAGAGCUGUAUUAAUAUAUUAUAGAGCACGCGGAUAAAAAAAGAACUUAUGUUGAUUUUGUAUUAAACAAAAUCAAAACAGAUUAAGAGUAAAUAAAGACAUGAUGCCCAAAUGCAUUUGCUAUCUUUGUAAAAUGUAAGGGCAUUCUGAGGAAGCAACGUCCAGUGGCACUAAGAAAUGUUAAAGUUAUACUAUAGAAAGUGUACUACGGAGUGUGCGAAAAAUAUGCGAAAUGUAUACCCUGCUUUAAUUCUUCAAAUGAGAUAAAACAGUGGAUGUUUCGUUUUAAUUUUAUUUUAUUAUAAACAAACAUUCUAUUUAUAGCUUUAAUAUAUUGUACGUUAUUUUAUAUACAUACACACAUACAUAUAGUUAUGAGAAAAGUAUGUAAAUUGUUUAUUGCCAGUUACUUUAAAGACUGCGGAGCGGUAUACUACUUCUUUACUUUAUUCAUCCUUUAAUUUUUUAGUAUUUACUGGUGUUUAUGCAGUCUGCACGCUGCACAGAAUUAUACCUACGCAUUUGUACGAAAUCUCAUGCACUUAUAUUUUACUCCUUCCUACAGUAUGCACUUAUGCAUACAUACAUAUACAACUACUAUAUAUCGACUGCAGAGUGGAAGAUCGACCUAUAUUGGCAGUCAGUUCGA